AUGCUUCGGAUUGUGAGAAGGAAAAUAGAAGGAUUACCUUAUGGAGCACUGAUUGGGAGGAUUUUCAUGAAGAAAGGCAUCGACGCCUCUCGAGUGUUUAAAGAGCACCUCACUUAUAUUGUCAUUGGAAGGAAGACGUUGGAAAAGAUGAUGUUGAGGCCUCUACUAGAAGGUUGGAUAAAGUCAAGGGAUGAGAUUGUCAAGAUUGGGCAUGGAGAUGAUGAGAGAGCAGAAGAACUGUUAAAGGAAAGUGGUGGAGGAGAUGUCGAUUGUCGAGAUGUCGAUGGAGGUGGUGACCUAGGCGGUGGUGGCGGUGACAUGGAUGGCAGAGAAGGCAUGGGUGGUGAAGGUGUUGGAGGAGGUGGUGACUUGGGCGAUGGUGGUAGUGGCGGAGGAGGUGCAAGUCAUAUAGCUAGUGGUGCGGUUUACAAUAUUACUACAUCGGAGCCGCUCUUUCCAAACCAAACCCUCGUUUCCUCUGGCCAAAUCUUCGAGCUUGGGUUCUUCAGGCCGAAUGGGUCAGAAAAUCAGUAUGUUGGCAUAUGGUACAAGACCUUGGCGCCUUCUAAAAUCGUGUGGGUGGCCAAUAGGGAAUUGCCACUUGUGUACACAGAUCGGUCUGCGAAGUUAACGAUAGGCAGUGAUGGGAAUUUGAAGCUCAUGGAUGGACAACUGAGUGUAGUAUGGUCCACCAAUGUCUCCGGUCAGUUCAACAGUACGUCAGCAACGCUCUUAGAUACUGGGAAUCUUGUUCUACAUGGUGCAAAUUAUAGGGAAUUAUGGGGAAGCUUUGAGGAUCCGACAGACACUCUUCUUCCUAGCAAGAUCGGAGUAAAUGCCAGGACUGGGGAGAAACACAACUUAAUUUCCUGGACAAGCGACAGUGAUCCGUCCCCUGGAAGUUUCUCGACUGGAAUGACAUCAGAGACGCCACCUCAAGCUUUCACUUGGAAUGGUUCGACCCCGUACUGGAGAGGCGGGCAAUGGGACAAAUGGAAAUUUAUCGGCAUACAAAACAUGGGCCAAUCGUACUGGAGUGCAAUCAAUGUCCAGCGAGAUCCUCAGCAGGAGACCACUUACCUCUCUAUCGAUACUUACUCUUAUACUAAAAAUGGCUCAACCCCGCUCUUUUUAUACUUGUUUGUUUCACCUGGAGGAUCUAUUAAGCUUAUGUAUUGGGGCGAAGAAGCUAAGGCGUGGUUGACAUAUUGGGCGGGACCGAACAACACUUGCGAGAUUUAUGGAACUUGUGGUCCUUUUGGAGUUUGUAACCCAAUGAAUUUGCCUAUUUGCAGAUGCUUAGAUGGGUUUGUACCAAAGUCAAACAAAGAAUGGAACGGUGGAAACUGGACCGGCGGAUGUGUAAGAGAGACAGGAUUGAAUUGCCAGAAAAACACAAGCACAUCAGCUUUAACAUUCGUAAAGAAAGAUACCUUUCGGCAAAUGAGCCGGAUGAAACUACCUGACUCUGAGGACUAUUUAUCAGACAUUAGAGAUCAAGAAGGAUGUGAAAGCUGGUGCCUGAGCAACUGUUCUUGCUUGGCAUAUUCUUUUGUCAGCACCAUCGGGUGUAUGGUUUGGACUGAAGAAGACCUCAUUGACAUCGAGGAAUUUUCCACAGACGGGGAAGAUCUAUUUGUUCGAGUUGCACAUGUAAAAACAGGAGGAUCAUCACAGAAAGCAGUUCUUAUCGGCCUGAGUACUGUUGCCGGGACCAUGUUCUUUGCAGUAUUUGUUUUUGGUCUUUGCAAAGGGAGAGCUAAGAAAAGAGGAAACGCAUUGAAAGAGCAGCUGAAGCUAGAUGAUUCACUGGAAUUGACCUUUUUCAGUUUUGAUAGCAUACUACUUGCUACAAAUAAGUUCAGCACGGCAAAUAAACUUGGACAUGGAGGGUUUGGCUCCGUUUAUAAGGGAAAGCUGAGUGAUGGCAAGGAGGUAGCUGUGAAAAGACUUUCUAGUACCUCGGCCCAAGGAGAUGAAGAGUUCAAGAAUGAGAUCAUCCUAAUAUCGAAACUCAGACAUCGAAAUCUUGUUAAACUGAUGGGUUACUGCACUGAAGGAGAAGAAAAGAUUUUGGUAUACGAGUACUUGUCCAACAAAAGCUUGGACAACUUUCUUUUUGAUUCAAAAAAGAAGGCAGAACUUAACUGGUGCAACAGAUUCCAAAUUAUUCAGGGGAUUGCAAGGGGGCUUCUCUACCUACAUCGAGAUUCUUGCCGUAGGGUCAUACAUCGAGACUUGAAAGUGAGCAAUAUUCUUUUGGAUGAAAAGAUGAACCCGAAAAUUUCAGAUUUUGGGCUGGCGCGAAUGUUCGAGGGCACACAAGUGUUGGUGAACACUCACAAAAUUGUUGGAACACUUGGCUAUAUGUCUCCUGAGUACACCAUGGGUGGCAUAUUUUCCGAGAGGUCUGAUGUCUAUAGCUUCGGAGUGUUGCUACUGGAGAUUGCAUGGCAAUUAUGGAGUGAAGGCAAAGCAUUGGACCUAAUGGAUGAAGCAAUUGCUGUUAGCUUUCCAUUGGAGGUAAAAAAAUGCGUCCAGGUCGGGCUUCUCUGUGUUCAGGACCAUGCACUGGAUAGACCAAACAUGACGAAUGUGGUUCUAAUGCUAAGCGGUGAAUCAGAUCUUCCACAUCCAAGACAGCCUAUAUUCAGUUUCCAAACUGAAAAGCCAAAUCAUGCUAUUCCAUCGCAGCAAGAAAGCAUCUGGUCUGUUAACACUGUCACUAAUACAAUGGUCGAAGGAAGAGCAAGUCAUAUAGCCAGCAGUGCAGUUUACCAAAUUACUACAUGGGAGCCCCUUUUUCCGAACCAAACUCUCGUCUCCUCUAGCCAAAUCUUCGAGCUUGGGUUCUUCACACCGAAUGGGUCGGAGAAUCAGUAUGUCGGCAUAUGGUACAAGAACUUCACGCCUUCUAAAAUAGUGUGGGUCGCCAAUAGGGAUUUGCCGCUCGUCUACACGGAUCGGUAUGCCAAAUUAACGAUAGGCAGUGAUGGGAAUUUGAAUCUCAUGGAUGGACAACAGAAUAUGGUAUGGUCUACCAAUAUCUCUAGUCGGUCCCAUUGGACAUCAGAGGCGCUAUUGGAUUCUGGGAAGUUUAUUCUGCAAGAUGCAAAUAGCAAAAUAUGGGAAAGCUUCGAGAAUCCGACAGACACUCUUCUUCCGAGCAUGAAGAUGGGAGUAAAUGUCAGGACUGGAGCGCAAAAGUAUUUAGUUUCCUGGAGAAGCGACAGUGAUCCAUCCCCAGGAAGUUUCUCGACUGGAAUGACAUGGGAGAUGCCGCCUCAACCUUUCACUUGGAAUGGCUUGAUCCCUUACUGGAGAGGCGGAUGCUUAGAUGGGUUUGUGCCAAAGUCAACUGAAGAAUGGAACAGUGGAAACUGGACCGGAGGAUGUCUCUAUCGGGUGCAUGGAAGAUUGGCACAGAAAGUUAUCAUCGGCCUGAGUACUAUUGCGGGGACCGUGUUCUUUGCAGUAUCUGUUUCUGGUCUUUGCAAAUGGAGAGCUAAGAAAAGAGGCAAUUUGAGAAAAAUUCCAAGGCCCCGUGACUUGGUAGAUACACCGGAAAAACUGGGGGAACUGUUGCUAGGAAAUUCUUGGAAAGAGCAGUUGAAGCAAGACGGUUCACUGGAAUUAACCCUUUUCAGUUUUGAUAGCAUACUACUUGCUACAAACAAGUUCAGCACGACAAAUAAACUUGGGCAAGGAGGGUUUGGCUCCGUUUUUAAGGGAAAGCUGAAUGAUGGGAAAGAGGUAGCUAUGAAAAGACUUUCCAGCACCUCAGCCCAAGGCAUUGAAGAGUUCGAGAAUGAGAUCAUCCUUAUAUCAAAACUCCAACAUCGAAAUCUUGUUAAACUCAUGGAUUACUGCAUUGAAAGAGAAGAAAAGAUUUUGGUAUACAAGUACUUGUCCAACAAAAGAUUGGACAACUUUCUUUUUGAUUCAAUAAAGAAAGCAGAACUCGACUGGGGCAAACGAUUCCAAAUUAUUCAGGGGAUUGCAAGGGGCUUUCUCUACCUGCAUCAAGAUUCUUACCUAAGGGUCAUACAUCGAGACUUAAAAGUGAGCAAUAUUCUCUUGGAUGAAAAGAUGAACCCGAAAAUUUCGGAUUUUGGGCUGGCACGAAUGCUUGAGGGCACUCAAGUUUUGGUGAACACUCAAAAAAUUGUUGGAACACUUGGCUAUAUGUCUCCUGAGUACGCCAUGGGCGGGUUAUUUUCUGAGAAGUCCGAUGUCUAUAGCUUUGGAGUGUUGCUACUAGAGAUUGUUAGCAGCAAAAAGAACAGGGUCCUCUAUGACCAGGAACAACAUCUCAAUCUCCUUUCCUAUGCAUGGCAACUAUGGAGUGAUGGCAAACCAUUGGACCUAAAGGAUGAAGAAAUGGCUGUUAGCUCUCCAUUGGAGGUAACAAGAUGCAUUCACGUCGGGCUUCUCUGUGUUCAAGACCAUGCCAUUGAUAGACCAAACAUGUCAAAUGUGAUUCUGAUGCCAAGCGGUGAAUCAGAUCUUCCUCAGCCAAGGCAGCCUAAGUUCACUUUAAAAAACCGAAAUGCCAGAUCGUGCUAUUCCAUCACAGCAAGCAAGCAUCUGGUCUGUCAACACUGUCACAAAUACAAUGGUUGAAGGAAGAUGAUGGCUAUCUUUUCUC